AUGACAACAAACCUCACGGAAGCUGCGCACGCGGUGCGGACGCUCAGGAUCGAUGGCUACAGCGCGACUACGGCCAUGGGUGAGGAAGAUUCCAUCAAAUCCAGAUGGAGCGUCGAUGGGUACGAGUGGGAAGUCAGCGUCUAUCCUGCAAGGGUACGCGUUCCCAUGGAUGAAGUUCCGUGGGUAGCAGCGGCGCUCAACCUUCUCAGCAAAGGCCGUACGAACGUCGUGAUGGCGAAUCUAGGGGCCCGUUUGGUAGAUCCUCGAGGGUCGCUUCCAGCAUCCCAACAGAAGAGCCAGGCUGAAACAUUCAGUGGUCGCAAAGGCUUCUCAUCUCCAGUCUUCGUUUUUCUUUUGCCGUCGCGUGAUCUACCAGCGUCAGGCUACCUCUGGAAUGAUACUCUGACCGUGGAGUGCACGAUCACGGUGCUCAAGGACAUGCCGGUGCCCACGGUCCCGGUGAGCCAGGUGCUGCCCAUGCCAUCCUCCAACUUGGAUCAGCACCUCGGUGAGCUCCUGCGUGCUGGGACUGGAGCGGAUGUCACAUUCGUUGUGGCCGGUGAGGCAUUUCCUGCUCACAAGGCCAUACUCGCUGCAAGGUCCCCUGUGCUCAUGGCGGAGUUCUUUGGGCACAUGAGGGAGACGAGCUCUGGACGUGUCCAGGUGCGGGGUGUUGCGCCGGCAGCCUUCAAGGCCAUGCUGCACUUCGUCUACACCGACACUGUGCCUGAACUUGAUCAGGAGGUGAAGGCCGUGGUGAUGUCAUGGGCUCAGCAUCUCCUUGCGACUGCUGACAGGUAUGGGCUGGACAGGCUGAAGCUGAUUUGUGAAAUAAAGCUUUCUGCUGGCAUCACCGUCGACACGGCCGCGAUGAUAUUGGCUCUGGCUGAGAAGCACAGCUGCUUGCACCUCAAGGCUAAGUGCGUGGAAUUUAUCGUGAGCACUCCCGCAAUCCUUGAUGCUGUGGUGGCGACGGAGGGGUAUAGGCAGCUGGAGGCAAGCUGCCCUGCAGCGGUUACUAGCAUUGUCAUCUCCAUGCGUGGCGGAAGGAAUUGA